AUGACAAAAUUGGAGAAUGGUUUCGCUCUGGUGCAGAGUCGUAUUAGUGGAUUAUCUGAAAAGGAAUCGUACGAUGUUUUGCUUCAAAUGGCCGGCGAAACUAAGGUUUUUGAAACGAUAACCGGUGGACUUGUGUAUGGACUGUUGACAGAACCUUCGAAUGCUCAUAAGUAUUUUUCGAUUAUGUCUUUGCUGGCACGUGAUAGUUGGUUUUGCGCUCUGUGCAACAUGAAUAUGAUAUUGUUCGAGCUCUAUCCAAGGCUAAAAUCGGAGGUACGCGAACAGAUUGUGUAUUUCUUUCGGAAUGAUUUGAAAGAAACAUGCUCAUUAUUAAAUGCCGUGGCUGUGAUGUUGAAUGAUAAUCAUGCGUGGCUCAAUGAACUGAAACCAAAAGCUUCGCUCAUUCCGGUCACUCUGCUUACUUUUACAAGGUUUAUUUGCGAUUUAAGCCCCUACAAUACUUUCGAGCAAUUACGUUCUCAGAUGAUUUUGGUAUGCCAAUGGCUGCUCACCGAACGAUUUUUGGACUGUGCACAGCUGGGACGAGAUUUAGUGCUAUCCUUGAUGAGGGUUUCGAAAAUACCUGCAUUUGUGGCGAUCUGGAAGCAGCUUCUUUAUACACCUAAUAAAUUAGGGCUUGCCGUAGGAGGUUAA